AUGGGGUCGCCUGAGGAGGAGGAGGUGCGGGAGCGGCUGGCGCGUUGCGGACAGAGCCACCUGCUGCGCUUCUGGACCGAGCUGAGCCCGGCGCAGCGUGGGGCACUGCUGGCCGCGAUGCCGCCGGGCCUGGGUGAGCACUGCCGGCUGGCGGCGGCGGCCGGCGCCCGGGCCUGUCAGCGGGGCCCGCAGGAGCGCCUGGAUGGCCGGAUGGAGCCGCUCCCCGCACGGGUGCUGGGCAGCACCCGCCGUAGCGGCCCCGCCGCGCUGGAGCGCUGGGAGGAGGAAGGUUUGCAUCAGAUCUCACAGAACAAGGUGGCAGUGCUGCUCCUGGCUGGAGGACAAGGAACUCGCUUGGGAGUGAGCUACCCCAAGGGCAUGUACAGCGUGGGGCUGCCCAGUGGCAAGACCUUGUACCAGAUCCAAGCAGAGAGGAUCCGUAAGGUUGAGCAGCUGGCUGGCCAGCGACACCACUGCCAGUGUGCCAUCCCUUGGUACAUAAUGACCAGCGAGUUCACGCUGGGGCCCACGGAAGAGUUCUUUGUGGAGCAUGACUACUUCCACCUGGAGAGAGCCAACGUGGUCAUGUUUGAACAGAGGAUGUUGCCUGCUGUCACCUUUGAUGGGAAGGCCAUCUUGGAGGAGAAGGGGAAACUUGCCAUGGCUCCAGAUGGCAACGGGGGCCUGUACCGUGCUUUGGUGGAUAAUAAGAUCUUGGAGGACAUGAAGCAGCGUGGGAUCCAUUACAUCCAUGUGUACUGUGUGGACAAUAUCCUUGUGAAGAUGGCAGACCCAGUCUUCAUAGGCUUCUGUGUCUCCAAAGGGGCAGAUUGUGGUGCCAAGGUGGUGCAGAAGGCCUACCCCACAGAACCUGUGGGGGUGGUCUGCAGUGUGGAUGGGGUCUACCAGGUGGUGGAGUACAGUGAGAUCAGCCCAGAGACGGCACAGCAGCAGGGCCCUGAUGGGACACUGAUGUACAGCACUGGCAACAUCUGCAACCACUUCUUCACAGUUGAGUUCCUGGAGAUGGUGGCCCAUGAAUACGAGCCCCAGCUGAGGCCCCAUGUGGCCAUCAAGAAGGUGCCAUACAUUGACCAGGAGGGCAAUCUGGUAAAGCCGCUAAAGCCCAAUGGGAUAAAGCUGGAGAAGUUUGUGUUUGAUGUGUUCCAGUUCUCUAAGAAUUUUGUGGCAUUUGAAGUUGUGAGAGAAGAGGAGUUCUCACCACUGAAGAAUGCAGAGACAGCUGACAAGGACACUCCUGCCACUGCCCGGCAGGCGCUGCUGGCCCAGCACUACCGCUGGGCGCUCCAGGCUGGGGCCAGAUUUCUGGAUGAGAAGGGCUGCAGGAUACCAGAGAAACUCAGUCUCUCAGGAGCUGAAGAUCCUCCAGCUGUUUGUGAGAUUUCUCCGUUAGUGUCUUACUUCGGAGAGGGCCUGGAGCCAUACAUGAAGAACAAAGAUUUCCCUUCUCCCUUUGUUCUGGAUGAAAACAAAAUGGAAGUGGUAGGAAACUGGUGA